AUGUGGAUUAAGUUCUGUACCUCCCUUUUACUAUCAAGAUUAAUUCAUCGAGUCAAAUGUAUAGAUACACCAUACUCGGAUAUGUACCUUCCACAUGGAACCAAUGGCUUCAUAUGUGGAACAGAGCUUUUCUCGAUCGAGUAUGCACGGCAAGUAACAAGUACAGUUAUGGAGUUAUUUUUCUAUGGAAAAUAUUUUCAAAAAUAUCCGAAAUUAUUCGAAGAUACACACCUCUUUAAUAUGAAAUCAGAUAUUCUUCUCUCGUGGCCUGCUAAGUUCAGUCAGAAAAUUUACACGAAUGGGAAUGCGGGCAAAUUCCGUCUCAUCAUCAACAUCAGAGGUCAAAUCAUAGGUAUGGUAAUUAUAGAUAUCAAGCACCACAAUAACCACAUCAGUUUCGAGAAAUGUAAACCAGUACGCAGCUCUUUUUCCCAAGGAAAUGUCGAAAGUAAUCCUUUGGAUGAAAGUUGGAGUGAAGCCUGUGACAAUUAUGGGUUUAAUUGUGACUCAAAAUAUUUUCCGCUAUCCAUGAUAAAGAGCGGAAAUGGUCUUGACUCACCCUACUAUUUUCAAACCGCACUGGACGUCAAAGGUAGAUUCAAAAAUUUUGAGAAAUAUAUUGGCGGUCAAUUCAUCGGAGAUGAUCUUCGCCUUUACCCUCUUCAUCAUAGUUCAUCUAGCGCACUUGGUUCUGGCGCGCAAGGUUUUUUUCGUGUUGUUUUUGACAAGAAAAAUCGAGAAUUCAAAGGGAUAACUAACGCAAGAAAUAUGGAAACAAAGUGUGUACCUGUGUGGGAUUUAUCAUCGGCCUCAAGCGAUACAAUUUAUAGCCCAUCCUCUGUCUUCAACACGGAGAGAAUCUAUGACAAAGAUUGGCCCGAGACUUGUUUUGGACAAAGGUUCAAAUACAAAACCAUAUGGCUUUUUAUAGAGUUCGCCUUGAAAGAGUGGUCAACGAAUGAGAGUGGGAAAAAACUUAAUUUUCCCAUUGUAAAAGGGAAUAAAUUUCGUUUCUGGCCAGUGAGAAGGCCAGAAACUCAUGACAACAGCUCCGCGUAUGCGUUUGCGAUAGGCCAUGAUACGAACCUUAAUACUUACGGUUUGUACCGAGCUGUAGUACGCGAUGGUGUCUUAAGAAGAUUUAAAAUAUGUCUAAAUCUUCCCCACGAAGAUAUUCGCAUUCUGCAGGAAAAGCUGGGCACAUCGCUCUAG